AUGAAUCCGGAUCUGCAACUAUCAAACGAGAUCGGUACCCCUGUGGCUAAUGCCGACACCGCGAGUGCGUCCAAGGAAGGUCUGGUAUUCAGUAACGCCAUUGACUGCAACGUCGUUGCUUGUCUGCAUCCACAUCCAAUGCAACGCAGCAAGCCCGAAACUGUGUUGUGGCAGGAUGAGUCGAGCUUCGGCAGAUUAACUACACUGGCAGAAACCCUCUUGGAGCGGCACCAUGUACCUGCAGGCUCAAAGCUUUAUCUUCAGUAUGGCAGCGCUCACAUAUUGCUCGAUAAGCCCGAUAAGCCAGAAGUUGACGUUCGCCCACUGGACGACAAAGCAGACUGGUCAGGGGAAGUGCAAACCAUGAUCGCGAAGGCGCUGGUACGGAAGAAGGAAACCCGUGGGCAAGAAUCCUUCAUCCUCGAGACCCGCUGGACUCACGGCAUACUACAUGGGCUGGAUUCCGACACCGACAAUCCACGGAAUAAGAUCCGUGGAGUGCUAAAUGCAUCACUGGUCAGGACCCAGGACGAUGUGCAAGGACGUCAGCAGUACAUUCCCAGGAGAGUCCUGGAUACUGUCUUCAACGAGCAGAGAAUUCGCCAGCUGGUCUCCAAUGAUGAAAGCAUCAACCCCUCCAUGUUCGGUACUCGAGAUGCAUUGUGGCAGAAUGAGUUGGAAUUCGCCCGCGACAUCUACUUGAAUGGCGUUCGCUUACUAGCACUAUUUGUUUACGUCACGGAUAUAAAGUUAUCCUUCCUUCACUAUAUUCUUGAACGGGCGAAGCAAAGAGGCUUUGAAAACACCCCCCUGGUCCAUCGUUUCUUGAAUGUUGACGACCUACCACAUGAUUGUCCACAAUUCGAGCUAGAUAGGAUGCUGGAACAACAAUUCAAGUUUAACGCUCACGAGUUCACCUCAGUCAGCCAGAUGGAACAACCCAUGCGGAUAGACCUGGAUUUCGACACCAUUGUUCCCAUUACGCAUGUCGUGCAAGAUGGUAAGCCAGCACUUGUGGGCAAAGGGAACUACGGCCGCGUCUAUCGUGUCCGUAUCGAGCCCGGACAUCACAGGUUUGACGCCGAUCAGUCUAAAUGCUACGCACUCAAAGUUUCCAAGCGCGACCUUGAGGUGAGCGAAGAAGCUCUUGAGCAUGAGGAACAGGUGUUCCGCAAACUGAUCAAGGCUUCAAAAUCAAGCCAGUACCUGGUUCUCUACCGUGCGAUCUGGACACACAAGAGGAGACUGUACAUGCUUUUCGACUUGGCAGAGGGAAGCCUCAAAGAACUCCUUUCGAGUGCGAGAUCUCCCAUGAGCAAUUCGUCUGCGGUGACUUUGUUAGCAUUACUUCGUGGCGUUGCCAAGGGAGUACAGCACAUACACAGGUCAACCAGACUGAAAGAGUCGAACGAAUCUCCUGCUCCUGACCAUCUCCCAAAACCAAAGAUUAAUCCACCUUGGACAGGGUACCAUCAUGACCUUAAGCCAGCCAAUAUACUUCGUUUCAAGGAUGAUCGCGGGAAAGAGGUUUGGAAAAUAAGCGAUUUUGGCACAGCUCGCUUGACCCGAGCCGCCUAUUCUGGUUCUGGGGCCAAUGAAUACAACAGCGGCGGGACCGGUGCCAUUCGUGGCGACUCAGUUUACCGAUCGCCAGAUUAUGAGCUGAACGCCACGUCAUCGCGGCCGUCCGAUAUCUGGUCGCUCGCUUGCAUUUUCCUUGAGGCACUUUUGUGGGCAUUCAACCUUGCAGUAUUGGAUGAGAGCGACGAGUCCUUUGAAUGGAAGAGAACCAAAAAUAGGGGCGCUAAGGGCGGUGAAAGCCAAACAACCAGCAGCGCAACCUUUUGGUACUCCUACUACGACGAAGAGGGUCAUGCCAUGAUCGAGCUCAAGCCCGUUGUCAGGGAGUAUCUUAACCUACUGCAGCAACACUGUGAACACUGGGGUGUCUUCGCUGAUCUGGUGCGUAUUCUCAAUCGGAUGUUUAAUAUCCCAUCAAAGAUCCGACCCAAAGCUCCCGAGAUUGUGGAUUACCUCAAGCGUCUGCAAACGCAAGCCCAGGCAGAUAUCGACGCAGGCGCCGACUAUUCGAAACCACUCGGAACAACGCCCAAAGCCGAGCGUGUGACUGACCUCCGAGGAGGAAGCGUGCUUGGUGGGGAGGAGUACAACCAUGGGCCAGUACCUGUACGCAGGCAUAUUCGACGGAACACCAUAUCCAAUGCGCAACUACAGAGAUCCCAUAUUACGGAUUUUGAUGCCGCAAACUUGCACACCACCGGUAGUCAUUACGCCUCCUCCUUGCUGACGGAUAGCGCACGACCGACGCCACAGACGCCACCGCGACUUGUCCAACAAUCAAUGGAACAACGAUUUGCCGCCACCGUCACAGCUCCUGACGGAACUCAGUCGCACAUUUCUCAGACUGCCAGUGGUGGUGAUGGAGCUGCAGAUCCACUUGAGAUGGUAGCGGUUCGUGGUCCAGGUGCCUGGGAUGGAUUCCAGGCGAACGGUCAUGGCCAGACAGAAUCUGAAAUCAAUGGAUACCGUCGAUCCGAAGAGACGCAGCGAUAA